GAAAACUGACAACUAAUCUCUGACGUUUGUGUAAAUACCUAUAACCUCAAAACUUACGGCAAACAAGCUUUGUCAUCUUUACUUUGAAAUUUUCGAAUUAACUUUUUGUUGGAGGCAACUCAGAGUAUUUUUUAACAAAAAUGAGUUCGAUUGGUACAGGCUAUGAUUUAUCGGCUUCUCAAUUCUCACCGGAUGGAAGAGUAUUCCAGGUCGAAUAUGCUAUGAAAGCUGUAGAGAACAGUGGAACUAUUAUUGGCCUAAAAGGGAAAGAUGGCAUUGUUCUGGCUGCAGAGAAACUGGUUCUAUCCAAACUGCAUGAACCAGGCACCAAUCAACGAAUUUUCAAUAUUGAUAAACAUAUUGGCAUGGCUUUCUCAGGUCUUAUAGCAGAUGCCAGACAAAUUGUCCAAAUUGCCAGAAGGGAAGCAGCUGAAUACAGGCAACAAUAUGGAGUAAGCAUUCCUUUAAAAUACCUUAACGACAGAGUUAGUAUGUAUAUGCAUGCUUACACAUUGUACAGUGCCAUCAGACCUUAUGGCUGCAGUGUUAUAUUGGCCAGUUAUGAAAAUGGUGAACCUGUAAUGUAUACUAUUGAUCCAUCAGGAAUCAGUUAUGGCAACCUUGGCUGCGCCAGUGGGAAAGCGAAGCAGUCAGCAAAAACUGAAAUAGAAAAAUUGAAAUUGGGCAACUUGUCUUGCAAAGAUUUGACCAAAGAAGCUGCCAAGAUCAUUUACUUGGUACAUGACGAACUGAAAGACAAAAACUUCGAGCUUGAAUUGUCUUGGGUGUGCAAGGAAAGCGACGGGUGCCACAAACGCGUUCCCGAAGAUGUUUUCCAGGACGCAGAGCGGGCCGCCAAACAAGCCAUGGAAGCAGAUUCCGAAUCCGAUACAGAAGAUAUGUAGAUUUAGAUUAAAAGUUUUUAUUCUUGUAUUCGUUUUGUAAUUAAUAAAUAUCUUUCUAUUGGAUAAUUUGACAGGUAAAUUAACUCACAUAUUCAGAAAGUUCUUUACUUACCUUAAAAAUUGCUCCGACUAUUACGGAAAUAACAUAAAAACCAACUUUCUUUACUAUUUGUUUUUGAAUAAAAUAAAUUAUUAAAAAAGA